AUGUCGCCGCGCGCCACGCCUCUGGUUCCAGUCGAUCUUGCGGCGGCCCUCGCCAGCAAUCCGGCGAUUGCGCCGCGGCGGCCGUCCAGCAGUUCGGUGACGCCGCGGAUGGCACCGCGGACGCCGAUUAUUGCGGCAACAUCUACCACCAACAUCGUUGGCCUGGAGGCUGACGUGGUGACGCGAUUGGCAACCAAAAGCAAUUACCAGAAUAUCAUCGAGGGCCAUUCGGAGCUGCUAGGACUCAAUCCUGGUCUGGAGAAGCGCCGGACCAACCACAAGCAGGCCGAGCAGAAGCGGCGCGACUCGCUCAAGCUGUGCUUUGAUGAUCUCAAGACGCGUUUGCCGGAGCUCAACCCGAAGCUGAUCAGCAAGAUCUAUCUGCUGAACGAAGCCAAUGUCUUCAUCGAUAAGCUGAGACACACUGCCAGGCACCAGGAGAGAGCCAGGCAGCAUGUUGCCAGUGCGUUAGCCGCCAAGGGCAUGGAUGCGAAGGAGAUCGAGGAGAUCUUUGCAGGCGCGGAGAAGAUGGCUGAUGAGGAUAUGGCCAACGAGCAAGAGACAGAGAUGCAGAGGAAGGGCAAAGGAGCCCGCGGGCGCUAUCGAGAGGAUCGAUGAGCAGGACGAAGCUGAGCAGUCGGAUGCGGAGAUGGUCGAUAGUAGCGCCUAGCUUUGUUGAUAGUGCAUUGCAACAGA